AAAGCCUACAACACAAAGAAAUAAAGGGAGAGAAAAAGUGAAGUUAGUGAAAUAAUGAGGCUAAUACACACCACCAGUAGCACAGAAAUAAAUAACUUGGCAGGAGAAAGACUAUUAGCACCAUCACAACCAUCCCAUCAGAAACCAAAACAGCAACUGCCUUGGAAAAACAAAUUAUGGUGAUGAGAUCUGACUUGAGUAAACUGAAAUAGAUGGUAGAAAAGAGGCGAAGGAGCAAGAAAAGGGAGGAACUGAACGAGAAAUGCAAAGUACAGGAGAAGAGACUAAGCAACGCAAUAGAAGAUAUAAAACAGAGGCUUAAAUCCAAAGCACGUAAGAUCCAACGGUACAUGAACAGGAAUUAAGGAUACCAACGGAGCAAACUAUUCAGAACCAACCAUAAAAGACUAUACAGCCAACUGAGAUGGGAAGACAACCACUAGGAAAUUCGUGAAGACGAAUUAAGUAAACAGCGCCUCAGCAGCAUGGUUGGUAUGGUAUUAGCGUCCCACCUCGGUGGUCGCGGGUUCGAUUCUCGGCCAUUCCAUUGAGGAGUGAGAGAUGUGUAUUUCUGGUGAUAGAAGUUCACUCUCGACGUGGUUCGGAAGUCACCUAAAGCCGUUGGUCCCAUUGCUGAAUAACCACUGGUUCCAUGCAACGUAAAAGCACCAUACAAAACAAACGAAUUAAGUAAGAGACUGGGAAAACAUAUGGAGCAAACCAAUAUCACACAACAAACGUGCAACAUGACCGCUGGAAGUCAAGGCAGAAGAAAUGGGGAGAAUAAAGCAAAGAUUCACCAAGAUUACGACGGACACAAUCAGACACCAAUUAAAGAAAAUGCCUAACUAGAAAGCCCCAGGUCCGGAUGAAGUCCAUGGAUACUGGUUCAAAAACUUCAAGGCCUUACACCCAUGAAUAGCAGAACAACUCCAGCAUAGUAUCAUAGACCACCAAAUGGAAACAUCCUUACUACAAAAAGAAAAGAGCAAAAGAAAUAUAGCAAGUAACUACAGACCUAUCACCUGCCUACCAAUAAUGUGGAAGUUACUAACAGGUAUCAUCAGUGAAAGGCUAUACAACUACCUAGAGGAUACAAACACCAUCUCCCACCAACAGAAUGGCUGCAGAAGGAAGUGUAGGGGCACAAAAGACCAGCUCCUGAUAGACAAAAUGGUACUGAAGAAAGUAAGAGAAAGGAAACCAACCUAAGCAUGGCAUGGAUUGACUACAAGAAAGCCUUCGACAUGAUACCAUACACAUGUGUAAUAGAAUGCCUGAAAAUAUAUGGGGCAGAGGAAAACACCAUCAGCUUCCUAAAAAAUACCAUGCAUAAGUGGAGUACAAUACUUACAAGCUCUGGAAUAAGACUAGCAGAGGUUAAUAUCAGGAGAGGGAACUUCCAGGGCGACUCACUGUCUCCACUACUCUUUGUAGUAAAUGCUGGAUACUAACUCAAGAAAGGAGGCAACAGAAUUAACCGUCUGAUGUUCAUGGACGACAUCAAGCUGUUUAUGUAACACGACAGAAUGGAGGGAGGGGACUACUCAGCAUAGAGGACUGUAUCAACAUUCAGAGCAGAGCACAAGGGCAAUAUCUGAAAACCAGUGAGAACGAGUGGCUCAGGAAUGCAUGGGAAGAAGGACUGAUAAAAGUAACAAAGGCCCAGAAAUAUACAGACAGAGAAUGACCAACAGAACUGAGGAAUGGCACAAGCCAAUAUACGGGCAGUACAUGAGACAGACUAAAGAACUUGCCAACAAUGAAACAUAGCAAUGGCUACAGCGGGGAGAACUCAAGAAAGAAACAGAAGGAAUGCUAACAGCAGCUCAAGAUCAGGCACUAAGAACCAGAUAUGUUCAUAGAACGAUAGAUGGAAAUAACAUCUCACCCAUAUGCAGGAAGUGCAAUAUGAAAACGAGACCAUAAACCACAUAGCAAGCGAAUGUCUGGCACUUGCACAGAACCAGUACAAAAAGGGACAUGAUUCGGUAACAAAAACCCUCCACUGGAACCUGGGCAAAAAAAAAAAAAAAACUACUACCUUGCAGUAAUAAGUGGUACGAGCACCAACCUAAGGGAGUGAUAGAAAUGAUCAGGCAAAAAUCCUCUGGGAUUAUGGUAUCAGAAUAGAUAGGGUGAUAUGUGCCAAUAGACCAGACGUGACAUUGAUUGACAAAAUCAAGAAGGAAGUAUCACUCAGUGAUAUCGCAAUACCAUGGGACACCAGAGUAGACGAGAAAGAGAGAGGAAAAAUUGAUAAAUAUCAAGACCUGAAAAUAGAAAUAAGAAGGAUAUGGGAUAUGUCAGUGGAAAUUGUACCCAUAAUCGUAAGGACACUAGGCACGAUCCUAAGAUCCCUGAGAAGGAAUCUGGAAAAACUAGAUGCCGAACUAGCUCCAGGACAUACGCAGAGGAAUGUGCUUCUAGAAACAGCACACAUAGUAAAAAAAGUGGUGGACUCCUAUGGAGGCAGGAUGCAACCUUGAUUUUACUUUAAAAAGUAACAAAUCCUUCCAUAGUCAUUGAUUAUAUUUAUUCACGACUGAUUUUGCGUUACAAGAUUCUUGUGAUUUCUCACUCUCCUAUGCACUUUGGAAGUCUAUUCAUUCUUUGCAGGAUUUUAAGUUUGAAAUCCCUUAUCAACAGAUACGUAUGACGUCCUAGUCAUGGCGGGUGGUUUUGCAGAGGGCCACAUACCUGUCAGUGGAAUUAAUGAUAUGAUCAGAAUAACAAAACCUGGAGGAUUGGUCAUCAUCUCAAUGAGGAAGAGCUUCCUACGCUGCGAGGAAUACAAGGACAGGUUGAUUCCUUACAUGGAUGAGAUGGAAAGGCAAGGAAAGUGGAUUAAGCUCCUGGCACGGCGACACAAGAUUGGUGGGGUUUCCAAUGCCAGCAUGCACAACUUGCUACUCGAAGUGUUCAUUCCAACUACCUCUACAGCAUAUGACCGCGAGUUGUCCAUGGCAAUGCAGAUGGGCAUAAGUUCGGGGAGCAGAGUUCUCACAGGGGGUAUCAGCACUUCCUCCAGUAUUUCUACAUACUGAUAGCUAUCCAGUCUUUCAUGAAUAGGCACCAGUGCUCCUGGUCCGCAAGACGCCAUCCAACCCCAAAGUCCUACUGAAAUUCUGCCGCUUCGACGAUGUUGUUGAAUAUGGUUAUCUGCAUACCUGAAAAGGGGGAUUUUUUUUAAUCUCUCUCUCUACACACACACACACACACACACACGCA